AUGUUCGAGCUUCCGCCUAAGCGCAAGCGCGGCCGAUCUCCGGGCACGGAUGCGCGCCCGAGCGGCGUGCAUAAGCGUGGGAAGCGGAUCGUGUCGCUCCUCGCCACGCUCCAGCGUGCUGACGAGCCGGAAGACGAUGCGCAAGCACCCGCGCUUCUCGGCGUGCCCGGCCUGACGCGGCAAGCACUGGACGGGUGCGUGGUGGCGUUCUUCGGCGGGCCACACCACACGCUACGCCUCUCGCAGCCCGCAGACAUCUUCGCCCGCCGCGUCCGCGUGAUGCUGUACGAAACUGCCGGCCUCGAAGUCCCCAAAGACUUGACGGGCAUCGAGGCGUCAAGCGAGCUGCUCGCACUCGCCGUCGCGGCACUAGGGGCCGGCGGCGCAGACGGCGCCGCGCCAGCGCUCGAAGUUGCACUCCGCGAGCGCUGCCUCGACCUCCUCACCGACGCAGAGUAUCUCGCCGAACCUAGCCGCAGCGUCGACGCCGUGGAAGCCGCCAACCUCCUCGCCGAAACAGGACCACACGCCACAGGCAUCUCCCACCUCGGUGCCAACCCUCUCACGCUUGACGCGCGCGGGCGCGCAUAUCCCCCCGAGCUUGCGCUUUACCACGGGCUGAACAUGCCACGCCCCAGCACGGCUGCUGGUGCCGACGAGCGGCGCCGCGAAGAUGUCUUUUGGGCGGUGUGGGCUGCCGACGCGCUGCGCGCCACAUGCGUCGGCGCACAAGCCGCGCUGGCGGACACGGACGUGGGGUGGCGGCAUCCGCCGGACGACGGGGUCGUACCUCUCGCGCGCGCGGCGCGCCUCAUUAGCGCGCGGCUAUUGAGCGCACGUGCGCGCUGCACCGGUCUGCGGAACGAGGACGUGCGUGCAGCCAUCGCGGCGCUGGACGCGCUCGCACGCGCCACACCCGCCGACCUGGCGUGGCUGCGCGCAACUCAAGAUCCGGCAGCGCCCGCGACGAUGGCGGCGCUCGCCGCGCGCAACACGCUCUACAUCGUGUGCUGGGCUGCGGCGCGCGCCGACGCCGCCCAGCACCCCCGCAAGCUGUCUGCGCGCACGCUCGAGGCGGCCGAAGCCGGGGCGCUGCAUGGCGCAGACGACAUGCUCGCGCUCGCGCGCACCGCCGUCGAGCGCCGUCUGCCCGUGCCGCCCGUCGUGGCGGCGCGGUGUGUCGCCGCCGCCGUGUUCCUCAUACACCGCGUCGCGGAGGACACGCACAAGGCGCGGCCGGGACGCGCCGGCUUAGUCGGAAACGCUGAGGCGCUCGUCAAGAGCAUCGCUGGCAUGGCGAGUUGUCCCGACACCCCGUCUGUCGUCGCGGCACUGCGCGAUGCGCUCGCCGCCGCACAGGCGCCGGACGCGCAACCGGCACUCGUCGCCGACCUCGUGGGCGUGCUUGCGCAGCACGGCGUCCAGACACCGUUUGGCGCACUCGAAAUAUAG